CUGAUUACUGACUUCUCGCAGCCUCCACCAGCCGUCGUCAAUCAGUUUUAUCCGAACGUUGCGAGCUACUUCGUCUCACCAUAUUCUCAGGCUCAACCCCUCGUUCCUCAGUAUCCAUACGUUACCCCGCCCGUGGAUCGUAGUGACAAGACUGGCACAUCAUCAUCGUCGUUCGCCCUAGUUCACGCCUCUUCUACUAGCCGUCUGGCGGAAAGACAGGGCGAAUGGAAGUCACGCUCUCCGAGAACGAGAUAUGAUAGUUCACAUCACAGCAGAACCGAUAACCGCAGUCGUCACUCAUAUCGUCAUAGUCGUGAGCGCAGCACCAGUGGUUUAUGCCGGAAGCUGUCUGAUCAGAGGAACAGCGGUCAUCAGCGCUCCAGAACUGCCAAGGAAAAGGCGGACCAUCAUCGUGAGGCAGAUCGAAAGCGUAAAGCGUCUGGAGGCACCGUACAACGCUACGAAUGUACCGGCAACAAGCGUUCAUUUCAGCGUGUAGCGUCUUCCUCCUCCACUUCCUCGACGCAUCUGCCAAGCAAUCUGCCACGAAGGUAUGCUGAAAAAAACAACGAAACUGUGGAGCCGACUCAAUCCGAGGAUCGCCCGAGCGAUGUAGAAGAAGAGCCUGGACAGUUAGAUUGGGAAGCCGAGGAUGACGCGGAAUUCAACAGGCAAUUAAUCAUUUCUAAAUACAAUAAUAAUAUAAACAUGAAAUGUUUAUUUCUCGUAAUUUAAAU